AUGCCUCCCCGCGCGGGCGCGGCCAACACGGGCGCCAUGAGGAGGCGAGCUGGUCUGCCGCAUCCAGGCAAUCGUCCUGUGGGCCGUCUAGAAUCGUGUUCCCCGGGACACGCGGAAGGGAACUGUGUGCCAGCACCUGGACCAGCAGGAGCGCCCACAUGCUCUCAAAGAGCCACCACAGCUGGCCGAGUGUCGCCUCGGGCACGCGGACCUGUCCCCCCACCAGGAAGGGGAGGGGAUCAUCGGCAGCAGGGGCAGCAACAUCAGCCGCAAGGAGGGGAGGAUACUACGCCCUCACCGCUCCUCCUCCCGCUCCCACAAAUUCCAUGCCCGCCACUGGCGGGACCCACAACAUCCGACGACGGGAGCUUGCCGCCUCUCCUCCGGGAGCAGGCGCCGAUACGGCAGGAGCAGCAGGAGGAGGAGCAACCUGUUGUGGUGCAAUUCCAGGAUGAGCAGCGGGAGGGGGAGCAGCUGGCCAUGGUGCCACCUAGUGCGAGCCGCUCUGGCUCGCCGUGCCGGCCUGGGCGUCGCGCAUCGCUGCCGACACAAUGUGCUGAAUGUCCGACCGCGUCAACGGCGCAUCAGAUGAAUUGCCACGUCCGCGACCGCGACCUCCUCUCCAGCCACCAUGCCCGCCGCGGUGUGCAGGCCAAUUCGCUGGGGAUUGACGGCGCCGAGAAGAAUCGCCACGUCCACGACCGCGACCUCCUCUCCAGCCACCAUGCCAGCCGCGGUGUGCAGGCCAAUUUGCUGGGGAUUGACGGCGUCGAGGUGACUCACGCCGGUGUCGGGUCGAUUCGCGCCCAUCAUGUGGCAAGGGGGGGUGAUGACGAGAGGGGCGGCGAUUGA